UUUGCACUUUUCUUGUAUGCUGAAGAAAUAACUUGUUAACUAACUUUCUCGUGUGCCGAGAACUUUCUUUCCUGACACCAGACUGGGCCAUGGUGCAAAGAGUGGCAAUUGUUGGAGCAGGUGUGAGUGGACUGGCCUCCAUCAAAUGCUGCCUGGAUGAAGGGCUGGAGCCAACGUGCUUUGAGAAGAGCGAUGGCAUCGGAGGACUUUGGCAAUUCACAGAAACACCUCAAAAGGGAAGAGUUGGUGUUUAUAGAUCGGUUCUGACCAAUACCUCCAAGGAAAUGACCUGCUUCAGUGAUUUUCCGUUCCCAGAAGAUUGCCCCAACUACCUGCGCCACUCUGCGCUCCUCGAGUACCUCCAGGCAUAUGCGAAGCAUUUCUACCUUCUUGACUACAUACGCUUCCAGACCACCGUAUGCAGCAUCAGAAAACACCCCCAUUUCACAGCCACUGGUCAAUGGGUGGUUGAGACGGAGACUCAUGGGCAGCAGACAUCAGAAAUCUUUGAUGGCGUAAUGGUUUGCAGUGGCCAAUAUGCAGAGAUCAAUCUUCCAUUGGAUUCUUUCCCAGGGAUUGAAAACUUCAAAGGUCGCUACUUACAUAGCUGGGAAUACAGAGAUCAAAAAGGGUUUGAAGGGCAAAACGUCCUUGUAGUUGGUGCUGGCAACACUGGAGGGGACCUUGCGACUGAGAUCAGCCGCACGGCUGCAAAGGUCUUCCUCAGCACCAGAAGUGGAGCCUGGGUGCUAAGUCGUGUUUCAGAAGCUGGCUGGCCCGUUGACAUGGCCUGGACAACUCACUUUAAUGGGUUAAUUGAAAAGCUGCUUCCAGAAGGCACCAUAAACAAGCUAAGGGCAAAGAAGUUCAAUCAAUGGUUUAACCAUGAGAACUAUGGCUUGAUCCCUGUUAAAAGCAGUUCAUGGACAUCUUUAAUUUUGAACGAUGAGCUGCCUAGCUGUAUCCUCUGUGGAGCUGUGAUGGUAAAGCCAAAUGUGAAGAGGUUUACAGACACCUCUGCCAUCUUUGAAGAUGAAACAGUAGAAGAGAAUAUAGACACAGUCAUCUUUGCAACUGGCUACUCUGCCACAUUUCCCUUUCUGGAAGAGUCUCUCCGUGAUGCCUGCAGGAGCAGCACAUCUCUGUAUAAGCAGAUCUUUCCUCCUCACCUAGAAAAGCCCACAUUGGCUUUUGUUGGCUUUGUAGCAGUAACUGGAGCCAUUCUGCCAGCAGUGGAACUUCAGGCACGUUGGAUCACAAGGGUAUUUAAUGGGUCAAGUGAGCUCCCUCCAAUGAGCAGAAUGAUCAAUGAAGUUGCUAAAAGGAAGAACACACUUCUUAAAAAGGGUAUUCUUUCCAGCAAGAAAGACAAAACCAAGACGAGUUUCGUCUCCUACAUGGAUGAAAUUGCUGCUUGCUUGGGCGUGAAGCCCAAUGUGCCAUUGCUUUUCCUAUCAGACCCCAAACUAGCCUGGAUGGUUUUAUUUGGCCCCUGCACUUCUUAUCAGUACCGCCUGACUGGACCUGGAAAGUGGGGGGAAGCCAGAGGUGCAAUCCUGACCCAGUGGGACCGAGUUCUCAAGCCCCUGAAGACACGGGUCAUAGAAGACUCUCCCCAACCUGCUACAGUUUCCCACUGGCUUAAAGCCCUUGCCCUGCCCACAUUUCUGGGGGCCACCUGGAUCAUUCUUAAAUACCUACCUCCUGCGUGGCUACCAAGAACAAAGUGAUGGAGUGUAUUAAAUUUGUUUCACGUUUAGUGGUUUAAGUUCACAAUGCCUCGUCACACCAGUUUUGAAAAAUGAAUCAUGACCCAUGUACAGCGAGUGAGGCUGUUCUUGUAUUUUGUGGGUGCCGUAGGCUUGGGGAAAUGAUAUUAUAAACUUAGCAUGUAGUUUGACUGGAUAAAUGUGAAGUCUUUAUUUUCCAAUUAUUGUUUAGUUGUGAGGGUGAUCUCUGUGUUGUAACAGUGUAGUCCGAGAAUGGUUUACUGCCAUGGUUCCCAAUGUGGGGCCCACACAGGAUCAUAGCUGGGGGGGGGGGUGAGGUGAGGCCC